AUCUUGUGAAUGAAGAUAUUGGAUUUCAAUAUGGGAAAUCAGCGACCCUUCCUGACGAAAGUUUAACUACAUCGUCAGACCAGUUUGAUCAAGCUGGUUAUCCGCACAAUGGCAGAUUGUACAAACCAUGGAAAUUCUGGAGUCCUAGCUAUUACGAUGAACCUUUCUAUCUUGAACUUAUUCUGGUUCAGAAUUAUUACAUAUUCGCCGCUUCAGUUCAUGGCAGACUGUCAACUUCUAAUAAUAACUUUACAAUGGAGUUUAGCAUUUCUUACUCCGAAAAUUAUGCAACUUGGAAGCAAUAUAACCCAAAUUUCAGAGUAAGUUAUUAUAUUUAAGACAUUUCUACCGUAGAUUUCCAGAGGUAACCGCCUAGGGGCAAAAAGAACGGUUCGUUUGUGUCAUGGGUACUAUGGGUGGACCUCCUACUGUUCUGAAAAGUAUGGCGGAUUUUUGAGUUGAAAGAGUUUUUAAACAAUCAAUAGUAUUUGAAAAAAAUCAAUUAAAAACCCAAGCAGGCAGGUUCAGCCAGGGCCGUCCUCAGGAAGUUCUUCAGGGGGGGGGGGACAUUUCAACCGACUGACGAACGAGCUUGUACCGACCACAUGCUAGCCAUGGAAGCUUGUUCAACUAAAUUCUGGGACCGCGGAGCCAGGGGCAUGCUCCCCCGGGAAAUUGUGAAAUCUGAGAACUGCCAGAGCCCCAGAAAUGCAAUCAAAUUUACUAGUUGCUGUUAAAAAGUUUCUUAAUAGACGACUCUUAUUAAUCUAAUAUCACCCGUGAUUUGUUUAAUCCAACCAGAAAUAGGUUGAAUACUUGGAUAUAUAAGUUAUAAAUAUAUUUAUAAAUAUAUUGUUAACUGAUCUGAAAGAUUUCAGCGUUCUUAGUUUAUAAAAAUCACAUAUCGGACUGGGAUUUGGCCACGUACUGGGAAUGGGAAAUGAAGUCCUCAAAAAUGGGAAUGGGAUUGAGGUAAUGCUUCCCAAUUUUUUGCGAUUCCCAAUUUUUCCACGUUUUAAGUAUUUUAAAAUACAAUUUUGAUCCGUUUUUUAAAAUACAAUUUUGAUCAUGAUUUUUGUUGUUAACUAUAUUAUUCGCAGCACUACCUGCGAACAGGUAUACUCUGGCGCCCGGAAUUCUGGCUUUCCUGAUUAUGCGUGUUCCCAAGUCAGAUGCACAGCGGAAUAUAUACCUGGUUUCCGGUAUAUACUUCAUAUAACCCUUAGUAUAUACCUCAAAGGCAAAGCACAACCGCUUCUGCCACGCGGUGCGCACACACGGUGGCUUAAAAGGUCUUAAAACUGUUUAUUCUACCGAUAAAUAACGUUUUUUUAUUGACUGGGAUUUCAAUAACUCGGACUGGGAUUUCUAAUAAAAAUCCAACUGAGACUGGGAUUUUGCCAAAAUUUCAGGUGGAAGCGUUGGAACCUUUAGGACCCUCAGCUAUCAAACAUGCUACAUAUACUUCAUUUAAGAUGUUUGUAUCGCUAUGUGGUUUAACUGUCAAUCUGGGCUUGUUUUACUAUUAAGGGAUUAUAAUGAUUAUCCUGCUGAGUAAAUUUCGAGUAACCAAAAAUUCUGUUUCUUAUAUAACAGGUGAAAAUCAUAUCGGCAGUUGUUUUGUUCGUCAAAAAGAUUUUUGUCUGACGACUAAAAUAGCAGCCAGUCCUGCCGACUGAAGCUUCGUAUAAAAUUUCUGUGUGUGUGUCACCCCCCAACCCCCCCCCCCGUAGCUCCGGGCCUGGGGCCAGCCAAACUGUUCAUGUAGUUUUGCUUUAUGAAAGGAUCACGCUGACAAUAGAUUGCAGGAAAUUGUAAAACCUAAAUACUUUAAAUACUGAUGUACCCCAAUUAUUUGUACUAUUUACAACAUGAGCGGCCGUGUUUUAUCGGAUAUACAAACUCGAGCCGAAGGCGAGAGUUUGUAUAACCGAUACAACACGGACGCGAAUGACUCAUCUUAUGAGUUCAUCUUAUGACGCGAAUGACUCAUCUUAUGAGUUCAUGAGUUCAUCUUAUGACACGAAGACUCAUCUUAUGAGUUCAUUGGCGAAGUAAUUUUAAAAAUAAAUGUUGUCUAAGCCGAGAAAAUCAAAGUUAAAGUUUAUGUAAAUCAACAUGAAUCUGUAUCACAUAUACAGAUACGACACGCUUAUGAUUUUUCUUUGUGUUUUCUUCAUGAAUUAUUAAUGAGUUUUUCAAAUGAAUUAUAAAAACCCCGAUUUUUUAUGAAACAUGUAAAUAUAGAGGAGAGCAACGUUGUUUUCAUAAUUGAAUUACAUCAUUUGAAAUCAUUUUAUUUCAAACUCAAAGUUUAAUUUACCGAUAAAAGUCAGUUUAAUUUCAUGAACAUUUUAAAAGUUAACGAAAACUACGUCAAAUACUUCAUGUUUGGGAAGUGUAGUUGCUUUGCUAUAGUAAUGCACUCGGUUUCUGCAUGCAUUUAUUUCUAGUAGUAUGACUUCAAUGGUUUAAGAAUUAGAUUGAGUGUCACUAUUAAACUGAUUAGAUUGAGUGUCACAAUUAAAAUAGCACAGGACAAGAUUGCAUCUGCUUUAAAGUGCUUUUACAACCAUUUAUGUCUCACUUAUUGUACAGUUCAAGUUUAAUAACAUCAUAGAAAAGCAUACUCUUGUCAAAUCAAUUGAAGCUCGAAUUGUGAGGAUAAAAUUCCCGGGAAACUACGACGAAAUGCCAUAUCUAAAAGUGGAGUUGCAUGGAGUUAUCACAGAAAAAUCAUCAGGUACUAACUAUUUUUUUUAAUAUUUUUAUUUUGUAAUAAUUUUUUUAUUCCCAUCUGCCGUAUGUAAAAUAUAAAUUCGAAAACCAGUGAAUCUAGAUCAUUCAUUUAAUUGAAAUACAUGAAACAGCCAAAAACUUUUUAAAAUUAAGAGAUAUAGAAAACAAGUAGCGUGCGUUGAUGGUGUGAUAAUGCGAAGCGUGUAAAAUAAAACACGAGGUGUAGCCGAGUAUUUGGAAACUAUACUUUAUGAUAAACUGGGGGGAAAUGUUCGAAAAUAUGCAUCUUUUAAGCCGGAUUUGGCACGAAAGCCAUAGAGUCCGCGAGGUUUUCGUCGAGUUGUUUUGUUUUCAUUUUUGAGCGUUAAAAUCUGAAAAUGGACUACAAAAAUCUUACUGCUCGCUAUGUAUAUACUGUAUAUAUUUUUGCCAACUUUAAAUUUUUUUUUUCAAUGUAAUACAAGAUUUUAAAAUUCUCAAAUUUUUUAGCUAUAAUUAGCCCAAAUCAAAAGUACCAACAAAUAUAAUCCCCAUGCUUUAUCAAUUAAUGCCUAUAGGCUACUGUAUAUACAGUAGUCUAAGAAAAUACACCAGCCCUGCGCAUCAGGCCUGAUCGCAGGUUAGCUUUGUAAGAGAAAAUGCCAUGCAAUUUCACACGUGACAAAAUGACUUGUGUGAGAUAUACUAUAAUUACAUAAUUAGAGGGCAUGAUGGGCAUCCCAAAAUGGCAAAAUCACUCCCUGACCAAAUAUUUUCGCACGAUUUGCUAAUCAAAACAUAUUUAUUUACUAUAGAAGCUGAGUAAAAUAUUUAUCAACUAACAUAAGUCAUCGUUUUUUCGAGUAGCACUUAAUGUUUUCUUCCUGUUCAGCAUACUGUAGAAAACCACAUCCACUGGGACUCAGCAGCCAAGCAGAGCACGGUAUUCCAGAUCAAAGCAUUACAGCUUCAUCAAUAAGCUCCCAAACAAGUUAUGCUAGAUUACGGAACUCAAGGUUUUGGUGCGGUCCGAGAUCAAGACCUAACCAGUGGAUAAGCGUUGACCUCGGACACUAG